AUGCUUAUAUUGUGUUGUAAUGGUUCUAGAAAGCUAUUUUCUGUUCUUUCUACGCCUUUUUGUAUGAAAUUAUGUGAAAAAACAGUGUUUUUGAGAGGGUUAUCUCGAAAAAUAUUGACUACAAAUAAGUCUGUAAAAAUACCGAAAAAAAACAGGAAUACGAGGUUUUCUGAAAGGUUUUAUAAAAGGAAGGAUGGCAUAGGAAAAAAAAGUGCUUUUUUUUCUCGAAAAAUUGCUUUAAAAACACCAAAACAGAUGGUAGAAGGGUUUCAUUCUCUUGGACUAAUGUCUUGUGUUGUAGACGCUAUUCAUAAGGAUGUUUUUGCUUUACUUUAUAAAGUUUGUCCUACGGAUAUUCAGAUUCUUGCAAUUCCGCAGAUACUGCGGAAUUUGCUUUCAAAACAGCCUUUUAAAACAUUUCUUUUGGCAGCUGAAACUGGUUCUGGGAAAACAUUGGCAUAUGUUGCUCCUAUUUUGCAUAUUUUGAAAAUGGAAGAGUUGAAGUCUUCGAAUAUUGAUGAAGUGCGUCUGCAGGGCAAGCCAAGAUGCAUUAUUCUUGUUCCUACAGCUGAGCUGGUUCAUCAGGUUCAGCGUUUACUGAAACAAAUGUCUCAUAGGGUUAAAUUUCGUUCUUCUUUUGUUAUUUCUUCUUCCUCUUUAGAUUUUAUAAAGAAAAAUGUUUUAACACUACCUUCUGAUUUUCUCGUUGCAACACCUUUUCAAAUUUAUAAAUUUAUUCAAGAAAAAAAGCCGAUUAUGGAUGAAACUAGGUAUAUGGUAAUUGAUGAAGCGGAUACUCUUUUGGAUGUUUCAUUUCGUUCGCUUGUAUUGUUUAUCUUGAAUGCUGCUAUUAAAUUGAAAUUACUUAUUUUUUGUUCCUCUGUAGUAUCACAGAAAUUCAAUCGAUUUUUAUCUAAAUAUUACCCUGAUUUUUCUAAAAUAGAAACGUCUAGGCUUCACACUAUAUCUAAGAAAAUACUUUUUAAGGUUAUUGAUGCUCAAAAAGAUUUUAAAAAUAAUAAAAAAUUAGCAUGUCUUAGUAUUCUUGAAAAAAUUGCGAAGGAUAAAAGUGAUACUUCAAAAAAAAUUGUUAUAUUUUUUAAUGAAAGGAAGCAAUCAGAUGAAUUUGCUGAAUAUCUUAGAAAUAAGGGAUUUUCUGCUUUUUCACUAACAAAAUAUGCAAAAGAUCGAUUGAGUACUAUACAUAAUUUUAUUUAUGGUACUUCCAUGGAUAAAUCUUAUCUGUCUAUUUUGGUUACGACAGAUCUGAAUUCACGAGGUGUAGAUACAAUUGGUUUAAAAAAUGUCAUAUUGUUUGAUGUACCAUAUAAUUCUGCUGAUUUUAUCCAUCGUCUUGGGAGAGUAGGUCGAGGUGGUAAAAGAGGUAAAGCAUAUUUGAUUCUUGGGAAAGAAAAAAAUUGUCAAUGGAUUAAUGAAAUUAAGGAGUCUAUAAGAAUUGGAAAAGCAUUGAUUUAA